GACCCCGCAGCGGAGCGGCGCGCGCGCAAUGUGGGCCCUGCGGGCCGCCGUCCGCCCGGGGGCCCGGCUCUCUCGCGUGACCCCCGGCUGCCGGGCUCCGCGGGCCGCGCCGCUGCUGCCGCCCUGCCCCGAGCGCGCUCUCGCCGCCUCCCGCGGGGGCCUGGCGGGCUCGGAGGGGCGAGGGGGCGGCGGGCGGGGCCCACGUGCGGACGGCCGGAGAGGUCGGGCUGGAGAACAGGAGGGCGAGGAGGAGCCGGAGGAGGCGGAGGAGGCGGAGGAGCUGCUGAGGAGGGACCCUUUGCUGCCGGCGGGGGCCCAGCGCGUGUGCUUGGUUCACCCCGACAUCAAGUGGGGGCCCGGGAAGCCCCAGGGGACCCGAGCUGAGUGGCAGGUGGCAGAGGCACGAGCGCUGGUGCACACGCUGGACGGCUGGUCGGUGGUGGACACGGUGGUGGCGCCCACCAAAGCGCCGGACAGGAAGCUCGUCUUCGGCAGGGGGACCUUGGAGCGCCUGACGGAGAAAAUCAGAGGGUCCCCGGAAACCACCGCCGUCUUCCUGAACCUGGAGAGGGUGGCCGCGCCCACCAAGAAAGAACUGGAAGCCGCCUGGGGCGUGCCGGUGUUCGACCGAUUCACGGUGGUUCUUCACAUUUUCCGCUGCAACGCCCGCACCAAGGAGGCCCGGCUGCAGGUGGCGCUGGCGGAGCUCCCGCUGCUCAGGUCCCACCUGAAAAAUGAUGUCGCCCACCUGGGCGGACGAGGAGGGGGCUCUCGCUACAUCAUGGGGUCAGGAGAGUCUUUCCUGGAGGUGCAACAGCGUCUCCUGAAAGACAAGGAAGUGAAGAUCCGGAAGGCCCUGGACAGACUCCGCCAGAAGAGGCUCCUCCUGGGGCGGCAGCGGAAGCAGCGGGAGUUCCCCGUGGUCUCCCUGGUCGGGUACACGAACUGCGGAAAGACCACGUUGGUCAAGGCCCUGACGGGGGACGCCGCCCUGCAGCCCCGGGACCAGCUCUUUGCCACGCUGGACGUCACGGCCCACGCGGGGGGGCUGCCCUCCCGGCUCACCGUCAUCUACAUGGACACCAUCGGCUUCCUCUCCCAGCUGCCCCACAGCCUGGUGGAGUCCUUCUCGGCCACCCUGCAGGACGUGGCGCAUUCGGACCUGCUCGUGCACGUGCGAGACGUGAGCCACGCCGAGACGGAGCUGCAGAAGGCCAGCGUGCUGUCGGCCCUGCGGGGCCUGCACCUGCCGCCGCCGCUGCUGGAGCGCAUGCUGGAGGUGCACAACAAGGCGGACCUGCUGCCCGGGUACAGACCCGCGGAGCCCGGCGCCGUGGCCGUGUCCGCGCUCCGGGGGCUCGGGCUGGAGGAGCUGAAGGCCCGGCUGCAGGACGCGGUUCUGAGAGCCACGGGGAGACGCGUCCUCACUCUCCGCGUGCCGCUGGCGGGGCCGCAGCUGAGGUGCGUCGGGCCUGCCCGGCGGGAGGGGUGGUCGCGCCAGUCGCCGCAGCCGCAUCACCUGCCCCGAGCAGGUGCCCAGCCGGUCGUGCACACGCUGGCCCACCGAGGAGCCGGAAGUCUCGGUGGGGCCGUGGGGGCUCCGUCGGGGUCUCCCUUCCCCACCAAACGCGUCUUCCUCCCAGCUGGCUGCAUCAGGAGGCCACGGUGCAGGCGGUGGACGUGAUGCCUGAGGCCGGGGCGGCCGACGUCAAGGUCAUCAUAAGCGACUCUGCUCACGGCCGGUUCAGGAAGCUCUUUCCAGGGUGAAAGGACGCCUGAGAGCCGGGGGAUCCCUGAGGACUGGAGGGGCUCCCCGAGGGCUGGGGGGCUGCAGCGUUCCAGCCUCAGAACAGGAGCCCUGGGUGGCCCCCACAGCCCCCGUCAGCCUGGCGGGAGGCCUGUGGGCCGGGAGUGGACGUCCACGGUGGGACGGAGCUGUUCUGGUGGGCGGUCAGGGCAUCUGGAGAGCUGACGUCCAUGCGGGGUGACGGACCCACCAGACAGUAAAAGCUCUGUGUGUGUGUGUGU